GCAACUGCGCAUGCGCCUGUUAUCCAAGAUGUCUGCGUCCGGUUGCAAGGUGGUGUAUUUUAAUUUUCUAACAGUACUUGUUCCUUUUUAAAACGUGUAUGACAGAAAACAAUGCUUUAACGGUCACGAUAAUGAUUUCCAGUCCUAGUGACAUGUUAUUCCAACCAUUGUUUGGUGAUUUUUUAUAAAUAGUUUUAGUUCCUUGUUCAUUUCCCCCCCACCCCCGGCUGUUUCUUUCGCUAAAUUAGUGCAAUGUGAAUGUAUGUCAGCAAUAAAGUAUAAUACUCAGGCCUUUUUCUAUUAACUUGAGGGUUCCAGGUUCGAUUCCCGCUUCCGCCAUCCCUGUCACUGCCGUUGUGUCCUUGGGCAAGACACUUUACCCACCUGCUCCCAGUGCCACCCACACUGGUUUAAAUGUAACUUAGAUAUUGGGUUUCACUAUGUAAAGAGCUUUGAGUCUCUAUAGGAAAGCACUAUAUAAAUAUAAUUCACUUCAAUGGAGUUAUACUUCUCAUGUCAGAGACAGAGAAUGCAGGUGGAGAGAAAAUAGAGGAUCCUCCAAACCAUCAACGAGAUGUUUUCUAGAAGAGUUAUUAAGCUCCUACCUAAAGGUAAAGAGUGUGCCUCUAUCUUACUUUCAUGCCGUUACAAAACUUAUAAGAACACCACAAGAACAUUCCGCACCGGGAGCCCGCUGAUGGUGGCCAAGUUACUAUCCCUAGAUGAACUCUUCGCCAGGAGGUCCCUGCAGGACUACCUGAAAAGGAUGCACUCGGAGUAUUUGGAUUGUUUAAAAGUGGUCAACAGCAACGCGGUGACGGACGAACAGUGCGGUGUGGACGAGCUGAGGGAGAAGAGGACCAAAGUGUCGCUGUUGGUUCCCCUCGUCCAGGCCAUCAGGUUGCUGGACGACAAACGGAGAGAGAUGACCGAGACCGAGGCGCUUCUGAAGGAUGACGACCAUGCUCUGCGAGAACUGGCUGAGCAGGAAAGGGAAGCGUGUUUGCAGGACAUGCAGGACCUGAGGCAAAAGAUUUUAGAUCUUCUAAUACCGGAGGAGGAGGCCGAUCUGAGCGACCUGGUGCUGGAGGUCACUGCAGGUGUGGGCGGACAGGAGGCAAUGCUGUUCACUGCUGAGAUGCUUAACAUGUACGAGGGCUUCGCUCACUACAACGGAUGGUCCUUUGACGUCCUGGAGCACAUGAUCAGUGACAUCGGAGGACUACGCCAUGCCUCGGUGAGCAUCAGCGGCCCUCAGAGCUACAAGAGGAUGAAGUUCGAAGGCGGGGUUCACCGCGUCCAGCGGGUCCCGAGGACGGAAAGACAGGGCCGGACGCACACCAGCACCAUGACUGUGGCCGUGCUGCCCCAACCCACUGAGAUCUCUUUCACGAUAAACCCGAAGGACCUGAAGAUCGAAACUAAGCGGGCAAGUGGCGCAGGAGGUCAACACGUCAACACCACAGACAGCGCCGUCAGAAUAGUUCAUCUCCCUACUGGUGUGGUGGCUGAGUGCCAGCAGGAGCGGUCCCAGCUGAAGAACAAGGAGAAGGCCAUGACUGCUCUGAGAGCCAAACUCUUCAGCAUGAAGCUGGAGGAGGCGACCAGCAAACGCUACAAUCAGCGUAAAGUGCAGAUUGGCACCAGGGGCAGAUCAGAGAAGAUCCGCACCUACAACUUUCCUCAAGAUCGUAUAACGGACCAUCGCAUCGGCAUGACGCUGCACGACGUCAAGAGUUUCCUACUGGGAGAGGAUCUGCUGGACGAGAUGAACUCCUCUCUGCAGGAGUUCUCCAACCAGGAAGUGUUAAUGGAACUGCUGGGAGAAAACAACAUGGACGGAUCAUGAGUGUAGACCAAAUACUUAUACAAUAAUGACAUGCUUCUACAUCACAGUUAGAAGUCCCAUAUUAUGAUAUCUUUCACCAAUUUUAAUGCCACAUAAUAACUGUAACUACACUGCAAUCACCAAAUCAUUAAGAAAUAUAUACUUGAAAUAUUUCUCUGAGUGUUUCACUUUUUUGAAAAAAAAAUAGUGACAUUCAUUUACUUUUCAACAACAGUCUAAUGCAGGUGUGUCCAAACCUUCUUCAGAGUGGCCCAUGUACAUACUGUUCAAAUUAAAGGAUGCAAGGGCCACAUUGGCAUAUACUAUCUUUAAUGUACAAAACGUACCAAACUAUCUGAACAAAAAAAUCCACAACUUACCUUUGUGUUAAAAAUAGCCAAGCAAAUUAGUAUCUAACCCUCUUUUAGAUAUUUUUUCUUUCAGUUAUUCUUUACUAUUAUUAUUCCAACAACUAAAACCUUUCUGGGGGCUUUGGCAAUUGCAGAAAUGUAUCAUAUCUUGCAAGAAGUGUGUACACAAGUUCAUCAUGACAUGAAAAUCAUAUACAGAAAGGUGCACAGGUCCUUGCCAUUUAGUUUUUCAUGUGGCAUUUUGGGGGGAAUUUGGCCAUUCACAUUUGUUAUUGUAUUGUUAUAAUCUGGAACAGUUUUAUUUAAUUUUAAUAAUGUGUCAAAGGUUAAUUAAACAAAAAAAGAGCUGCUCCUCCAAAAUGGUAAGAAUAUAUGUUAGUUGCAUAACAUUUAUUUUGGUUUGCCUAAAAUAUUUGUCCUGUGUUUUAUUGGUCAUCAAAUUAAAGGCAAGAUCAUUCAGUGAUCCUAAAAAUAAGUAAUCAUUUUAAUUUAUUGUGGAAUUAUUAGAUUAUAUUUAAUAUAAAAUAUUUUAUAAUGAAUCAAUUUUAAUUACAUAACAUGUGUGCACCUUGAACACAGCUGGUCUAAUGUAUCAAGAUGCAUCUUGUACGUUGUUAAUUUGUUCAAAAUUGUUAGAAAAUAUGUUUGUUGCAGAACAAUUUUUUU